AUGAAUGGAAAUUCAACUAUGAAUUUAGAAACGUUAAAAACUCCUAGUCAAGAUGCACAAGGUCGAUGGUAUGAAUUAUUAUCACCAACACAAGUGCUAACUGGACAACAACAACAAACACAUAUAAAUGAACAACCUACAAAAAAGAAAAAAUGUCGUGGUGAUCGAAAAGGACAACGUCAACGUCGACGACUUCGUCGAAAAGAUUUAUAUUUAGAAAAAAUAACUAAAAAUAAUGAUCAACAACUUAAUACUCAACAAUUGGAACAACAUGAUCAAAUUGUCGAAGUAGAUUUAACAGACAAAAUGGAAGUGAAUGGAUCAUGUGAUCAAAUUCCUCCUACGACACAAAAUAAAAUUCAUCAUAAUGAUAUUAAAAUGAAAAAAUCAACAAAACGAAAAAGAAGAGAUAUUUCAUCACAACCACCAUCGACUACAAUUCAUCAAUCUUUAAGUCAAUUAACAAUUUCUCAACCAUCGCCUAAAAAACAAAAGAAGAUAAAUAAUAAUAUAGAACAAGCAACUACAAAUGGGCCAGCAGAAAAAAACAAUUCAAAAUCUAAAAAUAAUAACAAUCAUAAUGAUAACGUUUCUUAUGUACCUGAUUAUUUAAAAGUAUCAUAUCGUAUUUUUAAACAAAUGUUAAUUAGUUCAUUUGACAAUGCAAAAGAUAUUGUAAAAAGAUUAAACUCAAAAGAAAAAAUUAAUUAUAUUCGACAAUAUACUUGUUUAAUUCAUCGAUUAUUUUAUGUACAAUUACAAGAAAGUCAAUGGAAAUAUUAUUAUGAUAUUGGUACACAACAAAAUAUUUGGUCAGGACGUGUAUCAAAAAAAUGGGCUGCUAUGAAUAGUAUGAAUUAUACUUAUGGUCGAACAAAAACAUUAAUUGAACAACGUCUUAAAACUAUUCAACGACAACUUCAACAAGCAUCACAAGCAUUACAAAACUUUGGUAAUCAACCAUUACCUCAAUCUAUAUCAGAUAUGAAUCCUCCAUUAGAUUUUACAAAAUUGAAUGCAAUUGUUACAGCUCUGGUGCGUAAGGGUCAACAUAAAUUAACGCAACAAUUUGAACAUAAUAAAAAAAUGUUAACAUUUGAUUCAACAGAUCAUCGUUUAGUACAAGAAGUUUAUAAUUUGAAACCUAGUCAACAACAAAUUCGUUGCAUUCGAAAUAUUUGGAAAGCACUUGAAAAUAAAAAACAAAUGGAAGAACAAAUACAAAUAUUAAAACAUCGUAUUCAUUCAAAUUGUUUACCACCAGCAUUCAAUCUUCUUGAUUAUUCACUGGACAAAAUUGAUCACAUACUCACUCGAUCGAAACAAGAUUAUAUCCAUAAUAAUGAUAGCAAACAAAAAACAAUAUUAAAUGCACGUCGUUUAAAAAAAGUGGGUCGAUUUAAAUUUGACUUGCUUGAAUUAAGUAUAGCUGCUGGUGAAGAAAAAAUUCGAUAUUAUGAUAAAAUAAUGAAAAAAGAAAAAACAAAAUUAAUUAAUGUCACGAAUAAGUUAAAAAAUAAUAAUCCAACUUCUGAUAUUUUUAAACAGAUAAUCGUAGCUAUAGAAGCACGUGAAAAACAUAUGAUAGAACGUGCUGAUUAUGUUUCACAACAACGAUUAAAAUCUUUUUUCGACGAAGCUCCGGCACCACAAGACGAUAUCAAGAACAGCGAUGGUGUCGGAGCCAAUCAAAAUUAA